UUUUUUUAAAAUAGUGUAAAUAGUGCAGUUUUUUUGAAACACACGCUUUUGGAUUUAUCAACUUUGUGCAAAACCAAAAAAGUGAAUUUUUAUGUUGCUUUUAAAAGUGUAUAAACAAAUUCAAAACAAUUAAAUUACAGAUUUAGAAAAAUGCGGCUCAAAAGGCGUAUAAUUCAUCCACCGCCGACGACACUGAUAAUAUGCGUAUUAAUAUUACCAAUUUUGGGUCAAAUUGAUCCAAAUACUCCAUACUCAAACGAUCCCUUCAAUUAUCAACCGAAUCCAAGUCAGCAGUACCCAAAUCCAAAUCAAAAUCAAUUUCCGAACCAGGGUAAUCAAAAUUUUCCGAACCAGGGUAAUCAAAAUUUCCCAAAUCAAUAUGAUCCAAAUUUCCCUAAUCAAUAUGAUCCAAAUUUCCCAAAUAAUCCUAAUCAAAAUGAUCCAUUCCAAACAUUUAAUAACAAUAACCCAUACGAUAAUCCAAAUGAUCCAAAUUUUACGCAACGUCCGAAUCGGCCGUAUAAUCCACAAUUUACGAAUGAUGAUUUCAACAGAAAUCGUGAUCGAGAAGAUUUCAAUAGAAACCGAGGCCUGCAGAGUAAUAGUGUUAUUAUUAAUGAAGCAACAUAUUUUAUUGUAGCCAGUCGUAUGGUACGACCUGGACAAAUCUACAAAGUAGCUGUCAGCAUUUUACAAGCAUCGUUACCUCUAACAAUUCGUUCAAGUAUUCAACGAAAUGGUGUUGAAUUGAGUAGUGAUAAUAAAGAAGUGAAAGAAGGUAUUCCAGAAACAUUAAUUAUGCGAGUACCACCAACAAGUGUUCCAGGCGAUUACAAGUUACGAAUUGAAGGAUUGUAUGAUAGUGUCCUUGGAGGUUCCGCAUUUUAUAAUGAAACUCAUUUGACAUUUUCACAACGAGCUAUGACCAUUUUUAUACAAUUGGAAAAACCUAUUUAUAAACAAAGUGAAUUAGUACGAUUCCGAACAAUUCCAAUCAAUACUGAACUUCGACCUUUCGAGGAUGUUGUCGAUGUCUACAUGUUAGAUCCACAUCGUAAUAUUAUGCGUCGUUGGUUAUCACGUCAAUCAAAUUUAGGUACUGUCAGUUUAGAUUACCAGCUUUCCGAUCAACCCGUCUACGGCGAAUGGCGUGUACAAGUCAUAGCACAAGGACAAGUUGAAGAAUUAGCUUUUCAAGUUGAAGAGUAUUAUCAAACACGUUUCGAAGUUAAUGUUACAAUGGCACCAUUUUUCUUUAAUAAUGAAGAAUAUAUUACGGGAGCGAUUUACGCAAAUUAUACAAAUGGCGCCCCUGUACGGGGUAAUUUAACUUUAAAGGCGAUUGUACGUGCUUUAAGGCCGACGGUUUAUGGAAGCUCAGAUACAUAUGUGGAUCCUCGACCGCCUGUUGUUCGAUAUUUAGAUUUUAAUGAAAAUUAUCCUUUCUGGAUAAAACGUCCAGAAUAUACAUACCCUGGAGGAUAUUUUGGUUAUCCAGUCUUGAACUACUUCAAUGGAGUUUACCAUUUUAAAUAUCCGAUCAGCGAACUUCAAGCGGCCAUUCCAAGUGGAGAGGGUGUGGAAGUUGAAAUGAUCGCUACUGUGGGUGAUCGAUUUUUGGAUGAAAUAAUCGAAGGUUACUCCAUGUCACGUAUUGUGAAUUCAUCUAUUAAAAUCGCAUUUUUGGGAGGUAGUCCUCAAGUUGUUAAACCUACAAUGCCAUUUGACGUAUUCAUAGUGGCAUCUUUCCAUGAUGGAUCUCCCCUUCAACCGGAACGUCUAGGCUUAAGUCGAAUGGAAUUACAAAUUAAUGUGGAUAUGCGUGAAGGAGGUCGCCGUCCCGUUGAACCUGAGGAAUUACCUAUGUCUUCACUUAAGCCAGGAGUAUGGAGACAUAAAAUUGAUUUACGUUCCAAGCUUGGUUUAGAAGAAAGCGAUCGAGCCAAUGAAAUGCUAAACACAGUUUCCUCAGUUCGUGUAUCAGCGUUCUUUAAAGACAGUAUGGGUCAACGGGCAACCGCUGAUCUCUUACUUUUAACACAUUAUUCGCCGAGUAAUCAUCAAAUUAAGGUAUCCACUUCGACAGAAGAUGCCAAAGUUGGAGAAUAUAUUAUAUUCCACGUACAAAGUAAUUUCUGGAUCGAAAAUUUCGAUUAUAUUAUUAUGUCGAAAGGUAUUGUUUUAUUAACAAGUCAAGAAAAUAUGCAAGAAUAUAUUCGAACGUUUGCUGUAACGUUAAGUGCAGAAAUGGCACCAGUGGCUACAAUUGUGGUUUGGCAUGUAGGAAAAUAUGGUGAAGUUGUGGCUGAUAGUUUAACAUUCCCCGUUAAUGGAAUUUCGCGAAAUAACUUCACCGUAUUUAUCAACAAUAAAAAAGCUCGUACAGGUGAAAAAGUAGAAGUAGCAAUUUACGGCGAACCUGGAGCAUAUGUUGGAUUAUCCGGUAUUGACGAUUCAUUCUACUCCAUGCAAGCUGGUAACGAAUUAACAUAUGCCAAAGUCAUCACUAAAAUGGCAUCGUUUGACGAAGCAACCAACGGUACUCAUAAACAUACCUGGCAUUUCCAUCAAGGUCGUCCCGAUGAGCUAGUAUAUUUCCCAUCGUCUACAUAUGGUAUAGACGCAAAUCGAACUUUCGAGUACGCCGGUUUAGUUGUAUUUAGUGAUGUCUUAGUACCGCGCCGACACGAGACUUGUAAUAUAUCACAAGGUCUGGCGGAAUGUUUAAGUGGGCGAUGUUAUCGUGUCGAAAAACGUUGUGAUUUUAUCCCAGAUUGUGAUGAUGGUACUGAUGAAACGAAUUGUCAGUAUAAUAACGGCACAGAUUUGUUAAAUUUCCGAAAAUAUCGAUUUAAUCGUAUACAACGGCAAUACGAGAAUGUUUGGUUAUGGAAAGAUAUUAAUAUUGGGCCACAUGGGCGGUAUUUAUUUAAUUUGGAUGUUCCAAGACGUCCCGUGCAAUGGAUGAUUUCAGCAUUUGGUAUGAGUCCAUCAUUAGGAUUUGGAAUGUUACAACAAGCUAUUGAGUACACUGGAGUCCUGCCAUUUUUCAUCAACGUAGAAAUGCCAGAAAAUUCCCGGCAAGGUGAACAAAUUGGUAUUCGUGUGGCUGUCUUUAACUACAUGACAGCCGAUGUGGAAGCCACUGUAGUUUUAAAUGGCUCACCUGAUUAUAAAUUCGUCCACGUUGAAUUAAACGGUAUAGUUAGUUCAUAUAAACCACGUACUUCAUUUGGAGAACAUCAAUUCUUUAUCUACAUCAAAGCUCAAGAUGCAACUAUUGUCUACGUUCCAAUUGUUCCAACUCGCCUUGGAGAUAUUUACGUCACGAUUCAUGCGUCAACUUUAAUUGGACGUGAUAAAGUUACUAAGAAACUUCAUGUAACGGCUGAUGGAUUACCUCAACAUCGUCACCAAGCAAUUCUUCUUGAUUUAAGUAAUCGUGCGUAUGCGUUCCAAUAUAUGCACGUAAAUGUCACCGAAACGCCAAUUAUUCCAUACGAAAUGGAUCGUUACUAUGUAUUCGGUUCGAAUCAUGCUCGAAUCUCUAUUGUUGGGGAUGUUGUCGGUCCAAUAUUUCCUACAAUGCCAGUAAAUGCAACCUCGUUAAUUCAUUUACCCAUGGAUUCUGGAGAACAAAAUAUGUACAGCUUCGCUGCGGUUAUGUACACAACUUUAUAUAUGCGUUUAAUUAAUCAACGGAAUCGCACAUUGGAGAAACAAUCGUUCCAUUAUAUGAAUAUUGGAUACCAGCGUCAAUUAUCGUUUAUGAAUCCAGAUGGAUCGUUUAGUUUCUUCCGUACAGAUUGGAAUCAAUCCUCACCAAGUGUAUGGUUAACUGCAUACUGUGUAAGAAUUUUCCAAUCGGCAACAUUUUAUGAAUGGGAAAAUUUCAUUUAUAUUGAUCCAAAUGUAAUUGAAAAAGCUGUUAAUUGGAUAUUACGGCAUCAAGGUGAGGAAGGAGCUUUUUACGAAGUCACCUGGUUACCUGAUCGUAAAAUGAAUCACACAUUGAAUUGGGGCGAAACGGAUUUGAUUAAACAUCGAAACAUUUCAUUAACGGCGCAUGUUUUAAUAACACUGGAUGCGGUGAAAGAUGUAACGGGUGAGCUAGGAGCAAAAAUUUCCCUAGCUCAAUCAAAAGCAAUUGCAUGGUUGGAACGAAAUAUGAAAUUACUAGAACAAUUUGGGGAGCCUUAUGAAGUUGCGAUUGUUGCUUAUGCUCUUAUGUUAGCCAAGGCUCCAAACGCUGAACAUGCAUUUGGAAUAUUGGCACGGCAUCAGAGAAAACAAGGAGAAUUGACUUAUUGGGGACGAGAAGAAGUACCACAAAUUCCCUAUAAAUUGGAAAAUCAAAAACCAUUCUUGCUUCCGCGUCUGCCAUAUAAAUACGAUGCUGAAAAUAUUGAAACAACCGCUUACGCUCUUUUAACUUAUGUUGGUCGACAAGAAAUGUUUAUCGAUCCAAUUGUAAAAUGGUUAAAUGCUCAGAGAUUAACCGACGGUGGUUGGGCAUCAACCCAAGAUUCAGGUGUUGCAUUUAAGGCGUUAAUCGAUUAUACGGUACACUCUCGAUUGCGAGAAGUUUCAUCGUUACAAAUUACAAUUGAAGCCACUUCACUUCCAGGCCAAACAAAGACGCUUUAUGUUACCGAUAAAAAUAUGGCAGUUUUACAAUCUGUGGAUAUUCCUGAAGCGUGGGGUACAGUGAAAGUCCAAGCCAAAGGUGCUGGAUACGCAAUUUUACAAAUGUCUGUUCAAUAUAAUGUGGAUUUAGAGCGAUUCCAGACACUACCACCGGUACAGGCUUUCGACUUACAAGUUAAACCACACUUUUAUGGUAGAAAUCAGUCUCAUAUAAAUUAUCUCACUUGUCAAAGAUGGACGAAUUUAAAUGAAUCUAUACGUUCUGGAAUGGCUAUUUUAGAUGUUGCUAUUCCCACAGGAUAUAUUAUACAACAACAAGAUUUGGAUGCAUAUGUUUUAACACGUAAAGUACGCAAUUUACAACGUGCAAGAUUCCAAGAAUCCAAAGUUUUAUUCUAUUUUGAUUAUUUGGAUAAUGAACAAACUUGUAUUAAUUUUACGGUUGAACGAUGGUAUCCAGUUGCGAAUAUGUCCAGAUUUUUACCAAUUCGCGUUUACGAUUAUUAUGCACCAGAACGUUUCAACGAAACAAUAUUCGAUGCAAUACCAACAUAUCUAUUAAAUAUUUGUGAAGUUUGUGGGAGCAGUCAAUGUCCAUAUUGUCCAAUUUACAACAUGGCAACUUCAUCAGUAUCAAUAUCAAUUAUAUCAACAUUUAUUGUUGUACUAUUUCAUAUUGUUCGACAUUUCAAAACUCAGCAUAACGGUGCUUUACUCUAGUUUUAUUCAAAUUCAUUUCAAAGAUCGAAAAAACAUUUUAAAAAUCAAAUUUUUGAAUCUCAUUUUAUCUCUCGGCUGAUAUUAUUACGUGUUUUUGUUACGUUUUCUUAAUUUGUUUGUGUAGUAAAUUUUUUUGUUCAGUAUAUACAUGAAAAUGAGUAAAUUAUUCGAAAAUGCUACAUGUAACUGCCAAAAAAUAUGAAACUUUUUUGUAUUAAUGUAAAUCGGCAAUCAAAUUUCCCUGAAAUUAAAAAAAAAUUUUUUUAUACCUAAAUUACGUCAAAAUUUUAUAAUAGCGGAAAGGGCAUUGUUUGAGUUGUAAUUGAAAAUUGAAGUUUAAGAGCUUUAGAUCGUUUUCGAAAAAUUACAGCUACUUCUCUAUACAGCGUGUUCUGUAAUGAUAGUAAUAUAGAGGUAGCACUAAAUAUUACAGUAAUAUAGAGAAUCCUCUUGUCCAUAGAAGAUUUGUACUGUCCCUUGUAGUAGGGGAGUCCACGAUGCUAAAUGUGUAGUAACUCGAGCGUCGCUGAGGUCUCUUGGUUUUUUUUGAAGCUUAAUGAUUAUCAGAAAAAAAAACGUCCUAUAAAGUUUUCCAAUUUAAGGGUAGAUGAAGAACUUACAGGCCUUAAAAAACAGACACAUAGAGUAACUCGAGCGCGUCAAAUAUUGAAACUGUAACACUCCCACGUUUCUCCCAUAACGGAAAUACGGUUUUGACAGUGGAGGGGGUGGC